GUGAUUUUGCGGCAUCCACAUCAACAGUCGUUCGUCGUAAAUUACAAUAAAAUAAAACUAAAAUGGAAGCACUAUUUGCAAUUCCCUUCUCUGUUCUCGAACUACCGAACAUUAAAAUCAAAAAGCCAUCAUGGUUGCAAGCUCCGUCUGCGAUGACAACUUUUUCGCUGGUGUUAUUUUCGUACUUUUUAGUGACCGGAGGUAUAAUAUAUGAUGUUAUUGUGGAGCCACCAAGUGUUGGAUCUACCACUGAUGAACAUGGUCACAGCAGACCAGUUGCUUUCAUGCCAAAUAGAGUGAAUGGCCAGUACAUAAUGGAAGGACUGGCAUCAAGCUUCCUUUUCUCACUCGGCGGCUUAGGUUUUAUAAUCCUAGAUCGUACUCACAAUCCAACCACACCAAAAUUAAAUAGAAUUUUACUGAUAUCUGUAGCAUUCCUGUGUAUCCUUGUAUCUUUCUUUACAACCUGGAUAUUUAUGAGAAUGAAGUUGCCUGGCUACUUGCAGAACUGAUUUAAUUACUAUAUAUUCAAAUAACUAAUAUAAUAAUUAGCUUUCUGUAAUAUUAAGUUGAAAUAUAUUUUUAUAUACAU